AUGGGUCGCAAAUUCAGAGGUGGAAAGAAGGGCAAGGGUCGCGGCGGCGGCAACGCGACGGGCGGUGAUCGCGGUCGCCAGCCUCGCAGCGAGUCGUGGCAGUCCUACCCUGCCGUUAAGAAGGAGAACGAGAGGCUUCAGCGCUACUACAACACCAUCAUUGGCCUCUCUGAGGAGGAACAGGGCCCUUUCUGGGAUGCGCUUCGCAGAGACCUCCCUAACAGCUUCCGCUUCUGCGGCUCCAAAGGCCACGCCUUGGCCGUCAAGAAACUCCUGCAGACCCGAUACAUGCCCGAGAUCGAAAAGAUCGAACACGCCGAUGGACGCACCGUCGAGCCCCCCAAGCCUCUGUCCUGGUACCCCAACGAGCUUGCCUGGUGGAUGACCACCCCGAAGAACAUCAUCCGCAAAUACCCCCCUUCGCCGCUUUCCAGAAGUUCCUCGUUUCCGAGACGACCGUCGGAAACAUCAGCAGACAGGAAGUUGUCAGCAUGA